AUGAACCGUUUCGCCAGGCCCUUUCUGAGUCUUCGUCCCUUCAGACCGGCUUUGCCUAUUUUACAGGUCAGGCACGGCUUGAGUCCUAUUGCGAAAAUGGAGACUUUAUCAGAUGCAGCGGAAGGGAAGCCAACCGCAUGGCACGGAGCCGGUGCGGCCGAAUUCGACAUGCGGAGUGACACGAUGACCAAGCCAACACCGUCUAUGCUUGAAGCGAUCUGCCAAACGACUCUUCUAGACGAUGUCUUUGAAGAGGACCCUGCGACGAAUGACCUACAGAGCUACGUCGCUAAGAGAACCGGCCAUGAGGCAUCAUUGCUGGUUAUGUCGGGCACAAUGGGCAAUCAAGUCUCCAUUCGCACCCACCUCACUGAACCUCCCUACUCCGUCGUUUGCGAUCACCGUUCCCACAUAAUCUGUUAUGAGGCCGGUGGAGUUAGUGCAUGGACUGGGGCUACUGUGUUGCCGAUCGUUCCAAAGAACGGUAUACAUCUCACCCUCGAGGAUGUCCAGAAAAGGGUGGUGAUUAGCGACAACAUUCACACCUGUCCCACAAAGUUGAUAAGCCUCGAGAACACGCUGGACGGGAUGAUUAUGCCUCUUGACGAGGCUCGCCGGAUGACGGAAUGGGCGCACGCCAAUGGAAUCAAGGUUCACUUGGAUGGCGCCAGGCUCUGGGAGGCAGUCGCGUCGGGAGCGGGAAGCCUAGCAGACUACACUAGCCUUUUCGACAGUAUCAGUCUGUGCUUCUCCAAAGGUCUGGGUGCACCCAUUGGAAGUAUCAUAGUUGGGUCAGAGGCAUUCAUCAAGAAGGCGCGCUGGUUCCGUAAGUCAAUCGGAGGUGGCGCUCGCCAAACCGGAGUCUUAGCUGCAGCUGCACGAGUUGCGCUUGACAAAACCUUCGGACUGGAUCCUCACGGCCAGGACGGGAAGCUCGUGGAGACGCAUGCCAAAGCAAAGCGUGUUGCAGAUAUGUGGGCAAGUCGUGGAGGUAAAUUGGCUUUCCCGGUCCAUACCAAUAUGGUGUGGUUGGACAUUGAGGCUGCUGGGCUUGGGCCGAACGACCUGGCAGAUAUCGGAAAGGACCAAGGGUUAAGGCUCCUGGGAAACCGGAUAGUCAUCCAUUAUCAGGUUUCGGAUGAUGCUAUCAGCCGGCUGGAGCAGGUCUUUGACCUUGCGAUGAAGGGACAGUUCCAACAGGCCACCGACAAGAGUAAGCCGUAUGGAAGUCGGUGA